AUGACCUAUAUUGAGACUGUAUUUUUGCAGCGACUCGAUGUACUCAAAUACAGUAUAGUACCAAGAUCGCGUAAUUGUCGCCGAUUACAUUAUUUCGUGAUUGUUCAUGUACGAGCAGCUGACAAAUUAAUACGCGAGCAGUGGCGUAGAACAUACGGCCAACUUCAGCACGAGCAUAACUUCACUAUUAUAUUCGCUACCGGAUUAGCUCCGAAUAAAUCACUCAAUGACGAUUUGAUGGAUGAGGCAUUUCUUCAUGGAGAUUUAUUACAGGCUAACUUCGGCGACACGUAUAGAAAUCUUACUCUAAAAUAUUUUUUGGUUAAUGAGCGUGACCAUUCAAAGAUCGUAGGCGUAUGCAUGCAAUUGGAUUCAAUUGAUUCGAAAGUGCAGGAUUAG